CUCCGCGCGAGCGGCGCUACGGUGGCCGGCGGGGCUGCGGGCGGGCUCGGCCGCUCCGCGUCCCGCCAUGGGCGGCCGCAUCGAGUGCGUGUUCUUCAGCGAGUUCCACCCCACGCUGGGGCCCAAAAUCACCUACCAGGUCCCCGAGGACUUCAUCUCCCGGGAGCUGUUUGACACCAUCCAGGUGUACGUCAUCACGAAGCCCGAGCUGCAGAACAAGCUGAUCACCGUGACGGCCAUGGAGAAGAAGCUGAUCGGCUGCCCCGUGUGCAUCGAGCACAAGAAGUACAGCCGGAACGCUCUGCUCUUCAACCUGGGCUUUGUGUGCGACGCCAGAGCCAAGGCCUGCGCGCUGGAGCCCAUCGUGAAGAAGCUGGCUGGCUACCUCACCACCCUGGAGCUGGAAAGUGGAUUUAUCUCCAAUGAGGAGAGUAAGCAGAAGCUGGUUCCCAUCAUGACCAUCCUGCUGGAGGAGCUGAAUGCCAAAGGGAAGUGCACCCUGCCCAUAGAUGAGUCGAACACCAUCCACCUGAAGGUGAUUGAGCAGCGCCCAGACCCCCCCAUCGUGCAGGAGUAUGAUGUCCCUGUCUUCACCCAGGACAAGGAUGACUUCUUCAAUUCCCAGUGGGAUCUCACCACGCAGCAGAUCCUGCCCUACAUCGAUGGCUUUCGGCACGUCCAGAAGAUUUCGGCGGAAGCUGAUGUGGAGCUGAACUUGGUGCGCAUCGCUGUGCAGAACCUGCUGUACUACGGGGUUGUCACACUUGUCUCCAUACUCCAGUACUCCAAUGUCUACUGCACCACACCGAAGGUACAGGACCUGGUGGAUGACAAGUGCCUCCAGGAGGAGUGUCUGUCCUAUGUCACCAAACAAGGGCACAAGCGAGCCAGCCUCAGGGAUGUCUUCCAGCUGUACUGCGGGCUGAGCCCUGGCACCACCGUGCGAGACCUCAUCUCCCGCUACACCCUGCAGCUCCAGAGGGUGGAUGAGAGGAGGCUUAUCCAGUUUGGUUUGAUGAAGGGCCUUAUCCGGCGGCUCCAGAAAUACCCUGUCAAGGUGGCCCGGGACGAGCGGAGCCACCCAGCCCGGCUGUACACGGGCUGCCACAGCUACGACGAGAUCUGCUGCAAGACUGGCAUGAGUUACAAGGAGCUGGAUGAGCGCCUGGAGAACGACCCCAACAUCAUCGUGUGCUGGAAGUGACGCAGCGGUGGCGCUCGCUAGAGCUGCGUCCCCUCUGUCCCCUCUGUCCCCUCUGUCCCCUCUGUCCCCUCUGUCCCCUCUGUCCCCUCUGUCCCCUCUAUCCCCUCUGUCCCCU